AUGGAGAACUUCCGUGAGGGAGACGAUCGCCUGCAACUGCAAGGGGACGACGAGCUGUUCCAUCACUUCAACUAUCUACAGUCUUCGCCGCUGAUGGAGCAGCAGCAGCUGCUGCAGCCGCAGUCGUCAACGUGUGACGCUGCGGCGGACCUGGGUGGCCCGCCGGGGAUGCCCAUGCCCGGGCUGGUGGACUGGGCGUCCCUGCUUCUCCCGCUGGGGCCGGGCGCCGCCGCUGGGUCCACGUCGCAGCAGCAGGUGGUGGCCGGUGUGGUCGGGGAGGAGAUGGUGAGUGGCGUGGCGGGGGCGGCCGCGCCGGAGAGUGGUGCCGGGAGCAGUAGUGGCGUGGGAAGGGAGGAGACGAAAGGGAAGGGCAGUGCGCGCGGGCGGGGGAGCAGGAAGGCGAGCCGGCCGCGGUUCGCGUUCCAGACCAAGAGCGAGAACGACGUCCUCGACGACGGCUACCGGUGGAGGAAGUACGGCCAGAAGGCCGUCAAGAACAGCGCCUUCCCCAGGAGCUAUUACCGGUGCACGCACCACACAUGCAACGUGAAGAAGCAGGUGCAGCGGCUGGCCAAGGACACGAGCAUCGUGGUGACCACGUACGAGGGCGUCCACAACCACCCCUGCGAGAAGCUCAUGGAGGCCCUCAACCCCAUCCUCAGGCAGCUUCAGUUCCUCUCGCAGCUCUAA